AUGCUUCAGAACCCUUCCUUUGAAGCCCAAGCCGAUCGGACCUAUAUGGUCUCCUCAGGGCCCCCUAAGGAGCGGCGAGAAGGCCACCCAGGGCCAACCUCGCUUCCCAUUCGCCUCCAACAAGAGAGUGGGGGACACCUCCCUGCGCCUGGGGCCCGUGGGGAGGCCCCUGGAGUUGCGGGGGAACCUGUAGGGGAGCCGCCGCCUUCGCGUCUUUCGUCUCGGGGGUCCUCUCUUUCUGCUACAGCUGACGCAUCCUUGGGCAAGGAAAUGCAACAGCUCUCUUUUGAUUUGAAGGAGCACCUUCACGUGGAGUCCAAGCGAACCCGAACAGUGCCUUCUUGCUGCAGCUUAUGCAAAGCCCCCCAGCAGGCGGAGGUUGGUGGUGGUCGCUCUCCCGCUGAUACCAUAACAGGAGGGGCUAAAGCAGCGCCAGCCGCAUCACCACCAGCAGCAUCAGGACUUCUGGCCUCCUCAGAGGCGUCUCCCCAAGGCAGUGCCUCUCCUGCUACAGAGGGGCCCACCGAAGUACCAGCAGCACCAGCAGCACCAGCAGUACAAGGGGCGGCAACAACAGCGGGUGCUUCGCGGCCCAAUGUUGGGGGGGGAGUGGACUGCUGCUUGACCUGCAGCUGUCCCUGUCACAACGACACCAACAGCAGCGCGAACUGCAGCAGCAUCGUCUGCAUUGAGGGGCCACGGAGGCCACCCACCUUUGCUUCCAAUUUGGCCGAUCUCUGCAAGGCGUUUCCUUCCCUUAUUGUGUCUUUGCUGGAAACGGCGGACAACGACCUGCAGAGGGCUCACGCCCUCGUGCGAGUUGUUAGUGAUACCAAUACAGGCCUCUUCAGCACCAAGGCAGGGGCUCCCAUGGCCAAGCGGAAGAGGUGCCCUGACGACUGCUUCGAGGCCCUGGAAGACCCAUCCGCUGUUCUCAGUGGCUGCAGGAGAGGAUCCGUCUCGAUGGAAGUAGCAGGCGGCAGUCCCAGCAGCGGCUGCUCUGCUGUUGCUGCUGCAGACCAGCAGCAGCAACAGCCGGUGCAACAUGGGCAGCAGCAUCCGCUUCUGGGAAGCAGGGUUUCUGUUCCUGUUCCCGUGACGUCUGCUGCUGCAGGUGCCUCUUUAGCAGCAGGCCCUACAACGUCAGCAGCAACAACAACAGGAACUGACUCAGCAGCAAACCGAGGGGCUAACGGACCUGGAGGGCUAGGCCGCGAGCUGCUGCCAGAGGCUUGGUGCGACGAAGUGGCAGAGCGGCUUAUGUGGGCUAUCGUAACAGCGACCAGCGGGGAUGAUGCAAAGGCGAAGGCAGCGGCGCUGUUGAGGGAACAUGCGAUGCAGCUGACGCAUGCGCAACAAGAUGAGCCCUCGCAAGCUGAACUCGCCAAAGAAGCCGAGAGGCAGGAGCUGGCAAAGCGGGUGGAGUUGCUGCAAAACGACAAACUGUUGCUUGCCAGAGCUGUGAAGGCGCAACACGAGAAGCUGCAGACGCUGCAGCAGAGUCUCGCUGCAAAGACAGAAGAAACUCGCUAUCUCGUGCAGGAGCUGAGCGGUGCUCAGCAACGCCUUCGUUCUCUGCGUGAUGCAGCCUCUGCUUUGCUGCUCGGGGCCUCCGCCAACCGCAACAACAGCCCCUGCCGAGACAACACAUUCGACCGACGAUUUCCGGAUGUGUGCUGA